AUUAGCAAAGGUCGACCGGCAAAAAGUAGGAAAGACAAAUCAAGCACUCGGGACAAAUCACAUUUUGAGUAUGUGGAGCCAAAGAAAAAAAAAUCGAAGCAAGCUAGUUGUUCUCCAAAGGUAAAUGUCGCUACUAUCGUCUCAUUUCAUUGAAGUUGUAUUUUAUAAUUGUGCUGAGUAAUGAAGUGUAAUAUACUGCAGCUUAUACCUGUACUGAUGAGAUUACGAGGGCAUUCGAAUGAUUCUUUCAACACUAUACCAACUCAAGAGUCAGGAAAAAGCACUAUACCGACACAAGAGUCGGUCAAACCAUUAUUUGAAGAUGCAGAUGUGGGAUUGCCACCAGGUUUGAUCGGCAAGAAUAAGUACAUUGACACGAUCCAUCCACGAUUUCGUAUGCACGUUCGAGAAAUCAUCAAUGUCGGUUCAGAUGGACACUGUGGAUUUCGGGCAGUUGCCUCUAUGAUGGGAUUUGGAGAAGAUGAAUGGGGUCGAGUGCGAGAUGACAUGCUACGGGAGUUGACUUCUAAUUUUUCCACUUACACGACCAUGCACCGUGGCGAAGAAACCGUUAGAAGCAUGCAAGCUAUUGUGAGUAACUGGGAUGUUCCUGCAACUCGUGAUCAUUGGAUGUCUUUUCCAAAUAUGGGUCAUGUAAUUGCUUCAACAUACAAUAUUGUGCCACCCCCCAAAUAAGGAAAGUGCUCGUAAAUCCAUGACUGAAAGAGCGUCAGCCAGCCAGCCAUCGAGUUCGUUGAUUUUUGUGAGGCUGAGGAAAGCUCAUCGUACAACCGGCAAAGACAUGCAGUGCCCCAAGCAUACUCGCCGAUCCGAUCCAAAUCAGAUACAAGAUUUAGGUACUCAACGCUUACCAUGUUGCCUGUCUUGUCGCACAGUAUAGUACACCCGAGCAAAAAUAACAAAUACGCCCGAAUGGCGUAUGUCCUCUUCUCCGCACUAUCUCUCAUGGUCACUUUGCUAAAUUUAGCCUUCAACCAUUCCAACUUGACCGCUUUCUUCU